AACCACUUGCGAGCUGCAACACCAGAUUCUUGAAAAAAUUGACUGUCUUGGCAGCGGUUGGUUUGUUUUUAGGAAAGAUUUAUGUUUCUGCUUUCAUUCUUAUAGGAAACGUUCGGUCGCUAAUAUAAUAUAAGGUAUUGUUUAAUCUUCAAAGAAAGUUUGCCUCGAUCUCAUUAUUGUUCUUGACUCUCAUAAUUUAUAAUAAUUCGUUUUAUUUAUUUAUUUACGGCUAAUUUGGAAGAACGUGAAAAGAGAGUGUCUUGGUACAAUGGCUCCAGGAACUCGUGUCAGUAAAUGCCAAAUAUCUCGUCCAAUUCUAAUCGGAAACGAUGCAAAGCCAUUAACGCCAGAGGAACGAGUUCAUGCUCCUCCAGACCACACGCAUACUUGGAGGAUUUUCGUCGAAGGUGUUGACGGAGAAGAUAUCUCAAAAUGGAUUAAAAAAGUAGUCUUUAAGCUUCAUGAUACGUACAACAAUUCUACGCGAAGUAUAGAGUCUCUACCAUUUGAAGUAAUUGAAACUGGCUGGGGAGAAUUUGAUAUCAUGAUUCGUAUCUUUUUUGUACCAGAAACUCAUGAAAAGUCACUUACCUUUUAUCAUCGCUUAAAACUCCAUCCUUAUGGUCCUCGCAUGGAAGAAGAAAAAGCCGCUGGCGGCCUAGUAGAAUCUGUACAGUACGAGGAAAUUGUUUUCAACGAACCUUUUGAAUACACAUAUAAACUCUUCUUAGAAAAUCCCAUUGGAGAUGGGCAUGGUUUAGCUGUUGAGUCGGAACCAGAUCAUCCAUUCUCUCAGCAAUUGGAGCAGGACGAAGCUGAUAAGUUGGACAUGGCAAUGGAAAAUGUGAAAAAGACAAUUGACACUUACAAACAGCAAUUACAUGAACUACAAAGCCAAAAGCCGCCAAUUUCUUAGACUUUUUUUUUUUUCAGAACAAAAAUCUCGUCCAUUGGACGAACAAGUUAAAGAAAGUUUCAAGGUUUUUAUUAUCAGUCUGCAUUAAGUUUAUAAAAUAUAUAUUGUCUUUUAUUAAUGGGGGAAAUCAAUAUGAAAGUCAGAAGUUGUAUCAUACAUUUUAGGCCAUAUUAGUUUUGACAAAUAAAAAAUUAUGUGAUUUCAUCCUCC